GAAUAAAUAAAUGCCAAAAAUCAUGAUCAUGAAACAAUGCCAAAAAUCACGUUCAUAGAAUAAUAAUAUUCAGGACAGUGUGAAUCCAUGGACAUACAGUUGACUUUCUGGAACUUGAUAUCUCUCAUUGUUCUUCUUAUUGCCUUAUACGUCUUCUUCUUCUUCCGCAAAAACCCAUCUUCUUCUAUGGCCGAAAAUUCCUCCAAAUCCAUCUACGAUUUUACUGUCAAGGAUAUCAGUGGAAAUGAUGUUAGUCUGAGUCAAUACAGUGGGAAGGUUCUACUGGUUGUGAAUGUUGCCUCACAAUGUGGUUUGACACAAACAAAUUACAAAGAGUUGAAUGUAUUGUAUGAGAAGCACAAGAAUCAAGGUUUUGAAAUCUUGGCAUUUCCAUGCAACCAGUUUCGUAAACAGGAACCAGGAUCCAGCGAAGAAAUCCAGAAUGUUGUUUGCACAAGGUUUAAAGCUGAAUUUCCAAUCUUCGAUAAGGUUGAAGUCAAUGGGAAAAAUGCAGAUCCACUUUACAAGUUUUUGAAGGACCAGAAAGGGGGAAUAUUUGGAGACGGUAUCAAGUGGAACUUCACAAAAUUCUUAGUAAACAAAGAAGGGAAGGUUGUGGAGAGAUAUGCUCCUACCACCUCUCCUCUAAAGAUUGAGAAGGACAUUGAGAAGCUUUUACAGUCUUCUUGAGAACUAAACUCAUGCUGCAGAGGACAAGGAACUUCGCGAGAGCUUGAACUAUUUAUUACUAGUUAAUUUAUGGCCUGAAAAUUUCUUAAUAUGUUGUGUAUCUGGAUUAUGUAAUAAGCACAAUUUGGUGUUCUCGCUUUCUUAGCAAAAUAACAUAACGUAUCAGGAUGCACGCUAUUUUAUUUUAUAUGAUUCAUACUUCAUA